AUGCGGCCACUCCAUUUUCCAUACACGAUGUGCAGCAGAAAAUUAACUUUCUUUGCCCUUGUGCUGCUGAUCUCCUUGGCCUUUCCCACCAGUUCUUGCACAGAGAAGGAGAAGGAGUCCCUCCUGCACUUCCUCAGUGGUCUGUCGUCGGACGGUGGCCUCGCCGCGUCCUGGAAGCAGAACGGCGCAGACUGCUGCGAAUGGGAAGGGGUCACCUGUGGCGAGGAUGGGGCAGUCACAGAUGUCUCAUUGGCUUUGAAGGGCCUUGAGGGGCGCAUAACACCAUCCCUCGGCAACCUUGAUGGCCUUCUGCGCCUCAACCUGUCCCACAAUUCGCUGUCGGGUGGCCUGCCGCUGGAACUGGUGUCGUCCGAUAGCAUCAUCGUCCUUGAUGUCAGCUUCAACCGCCUCGGAGGAGACAUGCAAGAGCUGCCAUCUUCAACCCCAUCACGACCUCUUCAGGUACUGAACAUCUCAAGCAACUUGUUCACAGGACGGUUUCCAUCAUCCACCACCUGGGAGGUGAUGGACAAUCUGGUUGUGCUCAAUGCCAGCAAUAACAGUUUCACUGGGCAAAUACCGGAUAAUUUCUGCAGCAGCUCGUCAUUGUUAGCUGUAGUUGAGCUCUGUUACAACCAAUUUACAGGCAUCAUCCCUCCUGGACUUGGUAACUGCUCCAUGCUCAGAGUGCUCAAGGCUGGACACAACAACCUCCGCGGGACUCUCCCAACUGAACUCUUUGAUGCUUCCUUACUGGAGUACCUCUCACUUCCUAGCAAUGUUCUAGAUGGAGUACUAGAUGGUGCUCAGAUAGUCAAGCUCAGCAAUCUAGUUACACUAGACCUAGGAGGGAAUAAUUUCAGCGGCAAGAUUCCGGAUUCCAUUGGUGAGCUCGAGAGACUAGAAGAGUUGCAUUUGGACUACAACAACAUAUCAGGGGAGCUGCCAUCAGCCCUGAGCAACUGCACAAAUCUGGUAACAAUUAACUUCAAGAGCAACAACCUCAGCGGAGAACUUAGCAAGGUCAACUUCUCCACCCUGCCUAGGCUCAAAACUCUAGAUGUUCUGUACAACAACUUCAACGGCAGAGUUCCAGAAAGUUUGUAUACCUGCAGCAAUCUGACUGCACUGCGGCUAUCUGGCAACAACUUACAUGGGCAGCUCUCACCAAGAAUAGGCAAUCUAAAGCACCUCACCUUCCUUUCACUUGCUAUAAACUCUUUCACAAACAUCACAAAUGCGCUUCACAUUCUUCAGAGGUGCACCAACCUUAACACACUGCUUAUGGGAAGCAGCUUCAGGGGCGAGUUAAUGCCAGAGGAUGACUUCAUUGAUGGUUUUGAGAAUCUUCAGGUCCUCUCCUUAAAUGAUUGCUCGUUGUUAGGUAAAAUACCUCUUUGGAUAUCGAAGCUAGCAAAAUUAGAGAUGUUGAUAUUAUCUGAAAAUCAACCACCGGAUCAAUUCCAGCCUGGAUCGAAGACCUAA